AAUGUUGUUACGUAUUUAUCUUGCGACCAUUGAACGUCAGUGAAAUGCCACUUCUGAAAACAUUCAAACAUUGAGGAAGGAUUUACUCCCGUAAACACAUUUACCUGUGUCUAAGUGGGCCUGCAUUUUAUAGCCGAGGACAGAUUUAACCUCUAAGAAGAUGUCUCUGGCAGAUGAGCUCCUGGCAGAUUUGGAGGAGGCUGGAGAUGAGGGGGAGGACGGGCUGUACCCUGAGGGGGAGGAGGGGGACAGUGAUGGGGAGAGUGCACAGAGGGUGGAGGGAGGUCUGGAGGACAUCCCGGAGGAGGAGAUGGAGGUGGACUAUAGUAAAGCUGAGAGCGUCACGUCAAUUGCCAAGCUCCGCAACAGCAAACAGUUUUCAGAAAUCAUGGACAAAAUUUCAAAUUACAUAGGAAAACAGCGCAAAAAUUCAGAUGUGUCCGGACCAGUGGAAGCAGAUCCAGAAUACAGACUUAUUGUGGCUGCCAAUAAUCUGACAGUAGAGAUCGACAAUGAGCUAAAUAUUAUUCACAAGUUUACUCGAGACAAAUACUCCAAAAGGUUUCCAGAGCUUGAGUCUCUUGUCCCUGAUUCCUUAGAUUAUAUCCGAACUGUGAAGGAACUUGGAAACAAUUUGGAAAAAUGCAAAAACAAUGCGAUACUACAGCAAAUUCUCACUAAUGCCACAAUCAUGGUGGUCAGCGUGACGGCUUCAACCACACAGGGGUCACAACUUACUGAAGAGGAACUGAAGCAGCUUGAAGAGGCUUGUGACAUGGCCUUGGAGUUGAACCAAUCAAAACACAGAAUCUAUGAAUACGUAGAGUCCAGGAUGUCUUUCAUCGCCCCAAACCUGUCCAUCAUCGUGGGAGCAUCAACAGCUGCAAAAAUCAUGGGUAUCGCUGGAGGACUUACAAACCUGUCCAAAAUGCCGGCCUGUAAUUUAAUGCUUCUCGGAGCCCAGAGGAAAACUUUGUCUGGUUUCAGCAGCACCUCUCUACUGCCUCACACUGGCUUCAUAUAUCACUGCGACGUUGUUCAGUCUCUGCCACCUGAUCUUAGAAGGAAAGCUGCUCGUCUUGUAUCUGCAAAGUGUACCCUGGCAGCAAGAGUUGACAGUUUUCAUGAGAGUUCUGAUGGCAAAGUUGGUUAUGAUCUCAAAGAAGAAAUUGAGAGAAAAUUUGAUAAAUGGCAAGAGCCACCACCAGUCAAGCAAGUGAAGCCCCUCCCAGCCCCCCUGGAUGGACAGAGGAAGAAGAGAGGAGGAAGGAGGUAUCGAAAGAUGAAGGAGCGACUUGGACUCACUGAGAUUAGAAAACAUGCCAACAGGAUGACCUUUGCAGAGAUUGAAGAUGACGCUUAUCAGGAGGACCUGGGCUUCAGUCUGGGACAGCUGGGGAAGAGCGGCAGUGGGCGUGUCCGACAGGCUCAGGUCAACGAGGCCACGAAGGCCAGAAUCUCCAAGUCUCUCCAGAGGACGUUACAGAAACAGAGCAUGACGUAUGGAGGGAAGUCGACCGUCAGGGACCGCUCCUCGGGCACCAGCUCCAGUGUGGCCUUCACUCCUCUGCAGGGGCUGGAGAUUGUGAACCCACAGGCUGCAGAGAAAAAGGUGGCUGAGGCAAACCAGAAGUAUUUCUCUAACAUGGCAGAGUUCCUCAAAGUUAAGAAGGAUGCCAAGUAAACAGGCGUGGCCAACUGCUCAUUGUAACAGUUUUUUGUUUUCUAAACGUCUUUAGUUUUUAUUUGUACAACUUGUGUUUUUAAUAAACUUGUGUUUUGUACACUGAAA